AUGACAUUAUUCCUGCUGUUGUUCCUGGCUGCUGUAUUGCACUCAUCACUUCUUCUUCGAGAUGAAAAUGAGGUAUGGAAUAUGAAUUUUGAGGAUUUGACAACAACUAGAGUGUCAGUCCAAGAAGAGAUUGUAAACAAGCACAACCAACUGAGAAGACUGGUUUCUCCACCUAGUAGUGACCUGUUAAAGAUGCAAUGGAGCAAUAAUGCCCGAGUGAAUGCACAGAGAUGGGCAAACCAAUGCAGUUAUGUACACAGUCCUCCAGAAGCCAGGACCACUAACAUAAUAUGUGGUGAGAAUAUCUUCCUGGCAAGUUACCCAGCAUCAUGGUCUCGUGCAAUCCAAAGCUGGUACGAUGAAGCCAAAGAUUUCAGGUUUGGUUCAGGCCCAAAUCCACCUAGUGCAUUAGUUGGACAUUAUACUCAGGCUCUUAUCUUUGACUUCAGGGAGGCAACCAAGGGUGAUAACAAAAGGUUAUAUUGCCCUGGAUAA